ACUCGUUUUUGUCCCAGGUGAAAAAGUGCCACCCUCUUAUCUCUAGCAACAUGUGGCACUGUGUGUUUCUUCUUGUUCAUGGCGUUCUCUGUGUCUCUCUUCCACACCUCAAUCCCUUCUCUUCUUAACUCACCACAAACGUUGAGAAGGAAACAUGCCCAUUUCCCAUUGAUUCGUGCAGUGCAAGCUGGUGAACCAGAAAACCCAAAAACCAAGAGUGAAAGUUCCUCUGCCUCUGGUGCAGGUGCAGCUCAGUCUUCGAAUGCAGCUGCUCCUAAGAUCCCCAAGAAACCUGUUUAUUCCAUGAAGAAAGGUCAGAUUGUGAGGGUGGACAAGGAGAAAUAUCUCACUAGCAUCAAUUAUCUUUCUGUUGGGCAUCCACCUUAUUACAAAGGAUUAGACUAUAUUUAUGAAGACCGUGGUGAGGUCCUGGAUAUGCGUGUAUUUGACACAGGAGAGCAUGCACUUAUUGCAUGGGUAGGAAUCCCUACUGCUCCAGCUUGGCUUCCUACAUACAUGCUUAUCAAGUCUGAGAAGCUUGAUUAUGAGAGGAUAUGACUUCCAGUUGGGGAAAUGAACUAUGCGAAAUAGAUAAAUGAUAUUGUUUUCUGAUGCCAUAAGAGAGUAUGAUUCAAGAAGCUUGGUUUCAAACACCAUCUGAGAUCAUCUACCCUCUAGCAGCUUGAUCACUUCAAAUGACUCAUGUAAAUUAUUUGGGACCAAUCUGUACUGCACCCCAUUAGAAGUUUUUGGUUAUAAUUAUCAUUGUAUUUGUGCUGCACCAA